AUGUUGUCGUAUCUCUACCACACUUCAAACUACUUUGCCUUCCAGCGGGGUUCUUUGCCCACGAUUAGCAAUCCACCACUGAUGCUGAACCUUCUUUUGUCUGCUUCGAAGCGGGCUCUCGUCCGUCCUCCUGUGAAGCACCUUUUUGCUGCACCUAUGCGUGCCCAGCCCACUAGUCUUGCUGUUCCUUCUCGUGGUAUGAAAGUUGGAGCCUCUGUCAAGAAGUACUGCGCUCACUGCUACAUUGUUCGCCGCAAGGGCCGCGUUUACGUUUACUGCAAAUCAAACCCCAAGCAUAAACAACGCCAGGGUUAA